GUCAUUUACACAAAGUUGUUAUUGAUUUAUUCUCACCACAGAUUUGUAGGAAAGUAAAUAAACAUCAGAAUUUAGCUUAAUUAAAAUCUUUCUUGAAAUUCAAUAGAUAGUACUGAUGGAAGAGGAGGUGCACAUUAAUGAUCUACCUGAGGAGAUUCUUCCGUACAUUUUCGAUAACCUAGCGCUGCAGGAUCUGAAAAAUGUUUCACUGGUAUGUAGACUGUGGUCAGAGAUCGCCUUUUCGGGCCGUUUUAUGAGUCGAAUAAUGCUGAGACUGGACUUUCGUGAUGGGAUACAAAAUCAAUGCGAACGCUACCUGCUGGACAGUAACCGUGCGUAUCGCCAUAUCGGUUUCUACUACCGGAGCGACAAGCUGGAAUUGGAUACGCUGCUUUCGGUGCUGGAAAAGUUUGAAAACUCGGUAGUCACACUAAAAAUAUGCCCAAAUUAUUUUAUCAUGCUGCCUGAUCUGCGGCUGAUUCUGUUGCAGGUACCCAAUUUGGAAAGUUUGUUCAUCGUGUCUCGAAUAUGUCCUGAUUUAAGCAGAAGAGAUGCAGGCAUGUCUUUCCCGGUGAUGCGAAAACUGAAACAUCUGUACCUGGAAAACGACGGUGGCCUUCAACUGGACGAAAUCGAUUUCCGCGUUAUGACUCCGAACAUCGUCAGCUUAGACAUGGAUUGUGAUUCGGAACGAGCGUUGACCGUGUACGAACAUUUCAGCCAGCAGCUGCGCGAGUUAGCUGUUUUCUUCAAGCGUGAUGACUUUUUUCUACCGUUUUGUGAGCUUAGGUUUUCACAAUUGGAGGUACUUGAUUUCUACAGUGAUGAUCACCAGUUUGAAAUUCCGAACUCGGUACAAAUAGUUUGUAACUUUUUCCGAAAAAUGCCAAAGUUGCGAAAAGUUACGCUCCGGUGCAACAUAAAUGAGGACGUGCUGGCGGCCAUCACCGAAAGCUGUCCAGAACUGGUUACAGUCUACUUGAAGGGAGACAACUUAGGUGAAAAGUCAUUUCGACAUCUCGGACAACUGAAGAAUCUCAAGAGUUUAAAAAUUGAGGGCUGGAUACGGUGUAACAUUCUACAGGGGUGCAGUCCAAUUCCCUCUCUAGAUCAGAUGUAUCUCCACUCGGUGCUGGUGGAUGAUACGCAAGGUUUCUUCCGGCUGCUCAAAGAUAUUGCUCCAAACCUUCGAACGUUGGAAGCCAUUGAGUCGGAUAUCGAUGAUGAAUGUUUGAAGUACAUUAGCUGCAACAUUGCAUCGCUCCGAUCUUUAGUUCUCGAGUUUUGUCCAAAUCUUACCGAAGAAGCUUUUAGCUUCAUGGAUAGACUCAAACAGUUGCGCGAACUGAAACUUGGCUAUCUGGAUGUUCCUUCGAACCUGUUCGAACUGAUGCCACGCAACUCCGUACGUCAUUUCUCUCUGUAUCGCUGUGAUAAACUGGACGAUGCGGCAUUGCUAGUGAUAGCGGACAAGUUUCCACUUCUCUGCUAUAUGGAAAUCGCUAGCUGUCAUAAAAUUACUCUCGAAGGCGUCACAGCAAUGCGAAAAGCGUUGCCUAACACAGAAAUUGAGAGUUUUAUGCUUUUCUAGCUAAACGGGAGAACUACCAAAUACUAUAACGUAUUUUUCGAACGAAUGAGAAGUAACCGGGGAGUAAAUCGUAUCGUAUUGUGACGGAACAGGUUGGUGGACAGGUUGGCGGCCACUCGUGGACAUUGCUGGUACUAUUGGCAGUUAUUGCAGAACGGUUUGUUUAGCGGUUUGAUUGCUGUGAUUAAGGAAAAGUUUCAAAAUUUUAAGAAGAUUCUGUACUGCAUCGCUAGUAUUUUACCAUGGUAGAAAAGAGCCGCUUGGCACAUUUAGUUUAAUUAGAUCAACUUAUAUAACCAGUUUCACUUACAUAAUUAGAAUUCUAGGUUUAGGUGUGAAUUGCCUGAGCAAAGUCUGAUAUCAAAUUGAAGCUUAACUUGAUGUUGGGUUGAGGGGAAAGUGGGUACGCUUGAUCCCACUUUUGUUUUUUCUCAUAACUUUUCAAUGAAAUAAAAAUUUUAAUUGCAAUAUACGCCAUCAUGUAGUCAAUUCGAAUUGUAAGAGCUAUGAAUGAUGUGUAAACCCGAAUACUAUGUCUGGUCAGUAAUAUGAACAGUUUUGAAAAUCAUGCCAAUACGAGGUUUUUGUAAAAACGUGUGGUAACUUGAUCCCACGUCUACUAGGGAUAAAGAAACAGAGCGCACUAUGACUUAUAGACACCUAAGACUACCUUUUUAGAUGCACGACAAACUUUUACCACGUAGACAACUAUUUGCGGUAAAUCAAUGCUGUGUAACUGGCUUUUCCAACCUUCAAUAUCUUAUACCAUGAUUUGUUCACGAAAAAAAGAAUUUUAGAUCAAUUAAUAGGUACUUUAUGAAAACGAUGUUUUUCUAUUUAUAUACAUUUCGAAGCCGUUUGAGAGAACUAAUGAUAGGGAUCAAGAAUACCCAGUG